CAACAUGGCGGGCAGCGAAGACGGAGGACCUUCGGACGAAAAUAGUGAAUGGUCUGAUUUUAGUAGCAACAGCUCCACGAUUGACACUUUUGACGAUCUUCAUUUUGGCACUAAAUCUCAGGAUCCUUCCAGUAUCAUCAGUACCCUUUUCACCUGUUUUCCCUUGCCAUUAGAUUUCCAGUCAGCUGACUUUUGUGACCGAGCGCAUUGCGCCAACGAAAGAAUUCUCGACCGUGUAGAUCCUGCGUUGGAAACUUAUGGCGAACCUUUGGUUUGGCGGGGAUGUGAAACAGAAGUGAAGUUCUUCAAGGCGUUACAUCUUCGUCCGUGUAGUAACGGUAAUCAUCUUCUACCUGGGCAAGUUGAGGAGGACUCAAACUCUGUCUCAACAAGAACUUUUGACUUUCAUAAAUUUGCGGAGAAAUUCAACGCACAAUUGACUUUAAAUAGUGGUUCGGAUGAACUUACAGAAGAUCCUGCUUUAGCAAAUCCAUCUGAACAACUCUCUAAGACUGUUGAUUCUGAUAGUGAAAACGAGGAUGAAAUUUUCUUGGUCUUCAGAGGGAAGCCAAAUAAUCGGCAGUCAACUUUUGAUGAGGGUCAAGCUGCAGCAGGGCUUUCUGAACUUUCAAAUGGAGAACUCUUAGAUUUAAAACAAGAGAUGGCUGCUUAUGUCAAAGAGUACUCUGAUAUUCUUGUGGAAGAAUUAACAUUGAGAGAAGAAUUGGAAAGGGAAAAAGAAAUUAAAAACAAAUUUAUAUCAACAUUAUUAGCUGUCCAGUCCAAAAUACGAGAAUCACAGUCAGGUCAAGGAAAAGGAAAAAAGGGUUCCUCCGUGUAUUCUGGGAAAUAUUUAACCACAGUGAUUCCUUAUGAUGAUUGUGAUGGAGGUCCAAGCAAUAAAGUACUACUACAACUGAUUGAAAUCAUGGAGGCCCUCAUUGCUGACAGCCCAAUAGUUCCUGGUUUGUUAACUGAAUAUAUAUUAAAAGUGCUGUGUGCUGAAGAUUAGCCUGUGUUGCUCUGAAGACAUCAAUUACUUUCUUGAUUUCAGUUCUUGGACAGCUGUACAACAAGGAGAAACUUUCAUUAUGCUUCUUUGUGUCAUGUCCAGUCACAGCACCAUCAGACAAGAUGAUACUCUUUACUAAAACAAAUAUUUCAUUGCCCAUGGCUGUAACAUGCACACAUAACUGAUGGAUUGAUUGAUGGAGGAAACAAAUUUGUGUUCAGGAUAUACACUGCACAAACAACAACAACAAGGCUUCUAAGGCUGUUACUCAAGUUUUUCCAUAUUGAAUGGGUGAGGCCAAAACAUACAUACGGUAAAUAUUUCUAAUUAUGGAGGCAAGUCAGUAACACUGACUUAGCAUGACUCAUACAGUUUCAGACAAAAUGGGUUGACCAAAAUACAUUAUAGAUGUAAAGAAAAAUAAUUAUUUAAUAGUAUAUAAUUAAAGCAGUUUUUUAAGUUGCCACUCCAGUUGUCAGGUAACAAACUACUGUAUAUGGUCAAAAUAAGGAAAAGGAGAACUGAGAUGUCUGUAAUGCCAUGCAGUGUGGCUCUUGGCCCUUAUGAUUUUUCCUGGUAUCAAUUUUGACAGGAGAAGUUGGUCUGUAGUCACUUCAUGGGUUUAAUGAUUGAGGGGGAAUAAGAAGCCUGUGUUGUUGUCUGAAAGUCAGAAUCUAAGAUGACACUGUGUCAAUAUAUAUGUUGCCAAUUGUGAAAGUGUAGUCGAAGAUUUUAACAUUUAGUGACUUCACUUGCUUCUAAAACUCACUUUCUGAAAUCAUCAGGUGAUACAUUGUAUAUGAUUAUGCAAUCAAGUUGUAGUGAUGGAGAGUCAGUGGCAACUCUGAGCAAAAGAUAAAAGAUCCAAAAGGAAAAUAAGGGAAUAAGCAAUACUAUUUUCAUUAUGACUUCUUCAAUUUGUGGUAUUGCGCCAAACUGAAGGACUGGUGAGGUCUCAUUUAUCACCCAUUAAGUUGAAAUUGUUGUUUGAACCUUUGAAAGAUGGCUUAUUUAUUUUGUAAUAUGUUAAUUAAAAAUGUUUUCUUGUUAUAUACAUGUAUUUUUAUUUCAUCUAUUUUUGAAGCAAUUUUAGGUAAGAAUUUUUGAAGAAGCAAUGUUGAUGCACUUUGCUUAAAAUUAAGUCUAAGAAGGAAUUAUGUCCAUCAAGAAGAGAAAUAUUAAUUAAGAUACACACUGCAAAUAAAUUAGUACUUUAUAGAGUCACAUUAUUUUAGGCAAGUUCAAAUCUGACUGGUGAGGCACUGGUUGGCAAAGUUAGCAAACAUUAACCUGCAUGUUUAAUAUUUAUUUCAGCUGUUGAAUAUGACAUAUUUUGGCUCAGCUUUGGUAACCCUUAAACUCCCAAGAUCUAAUUCUCUUUGUAGCUGCUACACAUUUUCUUGUAAAUAAGUCAUGAGAAUUU